AUGGGCGCAACCCCGUUUCAUCGUUCCAUCCUCGAAGUCCGGCUACCAAAGCACUUUGAUAAGCCGACGGACAUUAGGUACGACGGAACCCAAGACCCCCAGGAGCAUCUUACGGCCUUCGAUGCCAGAAUGAACUUGGAGGGAGUAGGUGACGAAGUAAGGUUUUCGGACAUUAGCCGCGCUUUCUUGGCCCAAUUUCCUACCAGAAUCGCGAAGGCGAAACACCCGAGCAACUUACUCGGGGUAACACAAAGGCUCGGCGAACCGACCAGAAAAUACUUGGACCAGUUCAACGAUGAAUGUUUGGAGAUCGACGGGCUAACUGAUUCAGUGGCUAGUCUGUGUUUGACGAAUGGACACCUGAACGAGGAUUUUAGGAAGCACCUCACCACAAAACCGGUAUGGACGAUGCAAGAGAUCCAAAGCGUGGCCAGGGAAUAUAUCAACAAUGAAGAAGUCAGUCAAGUGGUGGCAGCCAACAAGCGGCAGCCCGCCUACAAUCAACCUCGGCAGCACGGUGGAGGGGAAAGGCUGAAGGAGCACGCCAGAGACGGCGGGUUGGGCAAGACAUCCAGGCCGUUUCCCCAAGUUGGGAAAUUCACCAACUACACCCCCCUUAUCGUCCCCAUAGUAGAAGUUUAUCAGCAGAUAGCUGAGAAGAGAAUUCGGUCGAAGCCCCGACCUCUAAAGGAUAGACCCGGGGGGAACAAGAGCCUCUAUUGUGAUUACCAUAAGGGCUAUGGGCACAAGACACAGGAUUGUUUCGACCUCAAGAACGCGCUAGAACAAGUGAUCCGGGACAGAAAGCUGGCCGAAUUCUACCACCUCAUCAGGGAGCCGAGGAGACGAGAUCGUGAUCGCGAGGGAGAGGAUAAGACCUGCGAGGUGAAGUGA